CACAACAAUAAUCCCAAUGAGGCUUCGACCUAAGGGUGAGCAUCGUAUGAUUGACAGGCAGGACAUUCUCUUUUUCCCAAUGUGAACCUCGGUAAUGUUAGUAGUCUGCACCAAUCGGCUAAUGAUGUCACUUGCUAUGUUGCUUCAAGUUAUGUUGCGAUGACCGGACUUAAUAACUCCAUCCAUCAACAUAAUAAGAAACAUACACUUGGUUCAAAUUAUCAAUCCGUCAGAGCACAAUUCACGAUGGCUCCAACCCCAUACACAAUAUCAGUGCCCGACGAAGCCAUCGACGACCUCAAGCAAAGACUAGCCCUGACCAAAUUCCCAGACGAGCUGGACGCAGACGACCAGUGGGCAUAUGGCUCUCCGCUCGCCGACAUCAAGAGACUAGCCGCGUACUGGAAGGACGGAUUCGACUGGCGAAAAGCCGAAAGCAAACUGAACGAGCUCCCAAACUUCCGGACCACCGUCAACAUCGACGGCUUCGGAGACAUCGGAAUCCACUUCAUCCACGCCGUCAAUCCAUCCAGCAACGCCAUCCCCCUCCUCUUCUGCCACGGCUGGCCCGGCUCCUUCCUCGAAGUAACCAAACUCCUCCCCCUCCUCCACGGCACCCCCACCACCCCAGCCUUCACCAUCAUCGCCCCCUCCCUCCCCAACUACGGCUUCUCCGACCGCACCACCACCCCGGGCUUCGCCCUCGCCCAAUACGCCGAAACAUGCCACAAACUCAUGCUCCAGCUCGGCUACCCGCACUACGCCACCCAAGGCGGCGACUGGGGCUUCUACAUCACCCGCACCAUGGGCGCCCUCUACCCCGCCUCCGUCCUCGCCUCCCACAUCAACAUGAUCCGUCCCGCCGGGCCCCCAACCCUCACAUCCAACCCCUUGCUCGCCCUCCAGCACGCUCUCACGCCCUACACCCCCGCCGAACACCGCGGUCUCGAGCGCAGCAAAUGGUUCGAGCGCGAAGGCAGCGCGUAUAACCGCCUUCAAGCCACGCGGCCGCAGACGCUCGGCUACGCGCUGUCCGAUAGCCCCGUCGCGCUGCUGGCGUGGAUAUACGAGAAGCUGCAUGACUGGACGGAUGGGUACGCCUGGACGGACGAGGAGGUGCUGACGUGGAUUGCGAUAUAUUGGUUUAGUAGCGCGGGCCCGGCGGCGAAUGUGCGGAUUUAUUAUGAGGCUAGGCAUACGGAUCGGGCGGCGCGCGGGUCGCGGCAGAGGGCGCAUGGGUAUGUUGGUGGGGUGAAGUUGGGGUUGGCGUAUUUUCCGAAGGAGUUGGGGUUGUGGCCGAGGACGUGGGGGAGGACGAUGGGGCCUGUGGUGUAUGAGAGCGAGAAUGAUAGUGGUGGUCACUUUGCGGCGUGGGAACGACCGCAUGUCAUUGCGACGGAUCUGCAGAAAAUGUUUGGCAAAGGGGGCCCAUGCUAUAAGCUUAUCAAGGGGAGGAGUGGGUAUGAUAGCACGACGGCUAGAGCUAAUCUAUAAGGGAGGAAUGUACAUGUACAUCUGCAGGUAGUAUAAGCAAUACAGGAG